GGGCCAGGUGUGAGAAAGCGCGCGCGAGCGCUUCCUGGGCUUCGCUGGGGUUUUCUGCGCUUGCGCGUCUCUUGCUCAGACUCAUUUUUGAAUGCAUUUUGGGAGAGCGGGUGCAGGGGAGGGGGGAAGAAAUCUUUAAGCCUCUCAGCCUUUUCCUUUUCACUUUAUUUAGAUUAUUGCAUUGCACUAAUUGCAUUAUUGCACCGCCCCGGAGGCUCCUAUCUGCUGCUAUCACUUUCUCCUUUAUUUAUUGAUUAAUUUUUGCGCAAUGCAGUCAGGAUGCUCUCAUUGGGGUGUUGCUGCUCUGGGGCCCUUGAUGCUCCCUUUUUAAGAAAGUGGGGACGACAAGUGCCCAGGUCCCUUCUCUUACCUGCCCAGGCGUCUUAGGCAAGCUUCUUCUUGCAAACUGCCCUUGCCACGUCUCUGGCUUCGCGGAUUGCUUUCCUUUCUUGUUCAGCCUGCGGUUAUGCUUUUCAUAAUCCACCGUGAGGCUCAGGUCUGGGUAGCAGCCAUUUCCAGAUUUUACAAGUAAAAAAAAAAAAAGGUAUGCUAAUAGAGUUGGGAAAACGUCAUGCGUGCCAAAGGCAAGGGAGAGGAAAAUGAUUGACAAGCUGAAACAAAGAGGUUUUUUGUUUGCAUAAAUGAGUGACUCUUCUGUUCACCGUGCCUUGGGUUCCUGCAAUGGCAGAAGAUGAGUUCCCAGGACAUAAAAGGCCUCGGAAAAGCUCAGCCCUCAAUAAGAGCAAGAGAAAAUCUGCAAGUAGGAAGCCUGGAAUAGCUGCAGUAAAGGCAUUGCCUUUGCCUCCCACCCGUUCCUCAAUUGUUUCAUUUUUUAAUAAUGCUCCCCCUGCCAGAAUUGCCUGCCCUUUGUGUGGGCAGAUGGUACCAAGGUAUGGCAUCAAUCAGCAUAUUGAUGAAGUGUGUCAAAAGAGCCGCGAUGAUGAUGUGAUUCUGGAUGAUUCGGCAGCUGAUGUGGAUGCAGGCCCAUCAGUUGAAAACAUUCCCGGUAGUUCCAGUCUGUACUUUGCAAAGAAUGCUUCCACUCCAGAGAAGAAGCCAGGAGGUGGCAACUUUGCAACAAAACUGGAAGUAGGGGGAGAGGCAAGCCCUUAUUUUAAGAAGGGCAGUGGUCCAGCGCUGGCUGAUGGCAAGCUGAGGCUUCAUGUAGUUAGGAAUAUCUCCCUGGGAAGUCUGUCAACCAAAUUGUCCAGGAGACGCCGUGCUGAGGGUGACAACUUACUGUCUCAGGAUGCUGUGACCAGCCCAACUCAAGAUGUGCCUGUGAGCUCCAUAGAGAAGCACCCAGAAGGCCCCACUUCUGAGGAUGGCUCCCAGAAAGAGAACUGCUUGCCUUUUUCAAGGUUUCAGGAGCAACAGAGUUCAAAAGAAGGUGUAACAAGCAAACAAGAAACUCUGAGCCUCAUGCGGGGAUGUGACACAGGAACACUCUCUGUUGGAAUUGAUGGUUCUACUCCAGGGUCAUUUCCAUUCAGUCAUUGUGCUUGGAGUGAACUUGAGCCGCUAACAGCAGGCAGCAAAGAGCAAAAUACUCCUAAGGAGGACCCAGUUUCCGACCUCUGCAAGCUUGUAGUAUGUUCAGCCGCUGAUUUGAAAACCAGAGAUCUGUUCUGUGGUGAGCAGGUUCCAUUGUCUAAUGCAGAAGAGACGUCCUGCAAUCAAAUGCAAAAUGUCUCUUCUGUGGGAGGUGACAAGGACGUACUUCCCAUGGAAGUUCAUAGACAGUUAAAAAAUGAAGUGAUUGGUAUUUGUUUGGGACCUUUAGAAGACGUAAGUUUUCAGAGUCCAAGCAGCAGCAGCAAUUUAGAAACGGUCCUCAAUGGACCCAGCCCUGAGAUGGACUCGGAAGGGCAACCAUAUUAUCUCCGGAAUUUUCUGAUGGUCCUGCAGGCUGUGCUGGAGAAUGAGGAUGAUCGGAGGCUGUUUGAUGAGCACGAUUUGGAAGCCAUUGCUAAGUUCUACCAGCUCUCAGCCAGCGGUCAGAAGUUAUAUGUCAGGCUUUUCCAACGCAAACUGAACUGGAUAAAAAUGAGCAAAAUAGAAUAUGUGGAGAUCGCCGGGGAUCUCUCGCCAGUCAUCAAAGAGCUUGUUGGAGUAGGAUUCCUGCAUUCAGAGGCAGAAUUAAAAGACCUGUCCGAGGUGCUUGACUUACUUUCUGCCCCCGAGCUGAAAACCUUAGGAAAAGCCUUCCACCUCCCAAACCCAAAUGCUCAGAAACAGCAACUCCUGCAAGAUUUCCUCCAGCUGGCAAAGCAGCGCUCAGUCUUCAGCAGGAACCCAGCUAGCAUUGGAAGUGUGAUUCUGAAAAGAGCGAAAGAUCUGGCUGGCAAAUCCAUCCGGGUUUGUAGAGGUCCCCGGGCUGUCUUCUCUCGCGUGCUGCUGCUCUUUUCUCUGACUGACCCAGUGGAGGAUGAAGACGCAGGAAGUGGCGGCCAAGGACAGCUUUCCACAGUCCUCAUGGUGAACAUGGGGCGCUUGGCCUUCCCCACUUACACAGUCAACAGGAAAACCCCGAUAUUUCAGGAUCGAGAUGAUUUCAUUAGAUAUGCCAGUGUUGCCCACUUGUCAAAUGACAUAUCUGUGGCUAUGGCUAAUGGAAACUGGAAGGAGGCGCACAGACUCUACGAGAUGGCCAAAGAGAGCUGGCAGGACUUCAAAAACCACUUUUCUCUGAGGCACCACGCGGCCCUCCCAGAGUACCUGAGGCGUUUCACAGUCGGGUGGGUGUACACACGAAUCCUCUCGUGGGGCGUUGAGAUAUUGCAGAGGCUUCACAUGUACAAGGAGGCUGUAGAGCAGCUGCAGGACCUUUUGGCCCAGGAGGGUUAUUGCGCUGACAGGCGAGGACGGUGGUGGGACCGCCUGGCGCUUAACUUGCACCAGCACUUGAAAGACACGGAGAUGGCCGUCGGAUGCAUCAGGAAAGGUCUCCUGGAUCCAUUGGUUCGCACAGGCCAUCGGCUCUCCCUGUCCCAGCGAGCCCAGAGGAUGAAAGAGUCCUCAGCCUGCAAGAAGCUGAGGCAUCUCCUUCAAGAUCUGCCUCUCCUUCCUGUGGAGGAUGUUCCCCAUGUUGUCAUCAAAGGAAAGCUGUGCCCGCAAGCUGGCAUGGGGAAGUCUGUGUUUAUCGUGGAAGACCUCAGUGUGGAAGACACAGGAGAGGACCUUGAGCCAGCAACUGUCAUGUGUUCUGUUGAGGAGCUGGCAUUAGCCUACUACAAGCAGCAUGGCUUCGACCAAGGGAUUCAUGGCGAAGGAUCUACAUUCAGCACUCUCCACGGCCUCCUGAUGUGGGAUAUUAUUUUCAUGGAUGGCAUUGCUGAUGUCUUCAGGAGUCCUUACCAGGCUGGCCCCCUGGAUUUGUACACUGACAGCUUCUAUGAGAACCGAAGGGAGGCCAUUGAAUCCAGGCUUCAGUGGCUUCACGAAGCUUCCCCUGAAACCCUGAGGGAACGGCUUGGGGAUGUGUGGAAGGCCCAGGAGGGCAAAGCGGCGGCACUGGUCAACUGGGACCGGUUCUCUUCUCUCCAGCAGGCCCAGAGCCUGGUGUGUUGCUUUGGGGGUCCUUUCCUGAGUGGAGUUUGUCAGCGGCUAUGCAGAGACCUGCGCCACUGCAGGGGCGGCUUCCCCGAUCUCGUUGUAUGGAGAGCCAAAGAUUGCCAGUUUAAGCUGGUGGAAGUCAAAGGCCCCAAUGAUCGCCUUUCUCACAAGCAGAUGCUAUGGCUCGCUGAGUUGCAGAAGCUGGGUGCAGCAGUUGAAGUUUGCCAUGUGACUGCAAUUGGAUCUAAAAGUCAACGCCUGAGCUAAGCGAGUCUAUUGUGGUGGCUGGGCUCAUGGCGGGGGGGGGUGCAAAAUAAAAUUUUGACACAUUUAA